AUGGUGGAACCAAGCAGAUCGGCCGGUGCCAAGAGCUCCACCACUACCACGACCGCGAGGAAGAAGAAGCUGGCGGCGACAUCACCGGCCACCCCCAAGCCGGACAAGGAGAAGCUUCCAGAUGGCGGCAAGAAGCAGCAGAGCAGCCAUGGCAGCUCGGCAACUGCUGCUGCUGCCGACAGCCCGUCCUACAGGCUGGCUCUGAGGAGCCUCUUCUCCUGCCGGAACAGCCACGCGGCGCAGCACCAGCACAACCAGCGCGCCGCCCCGCCGCAGCCGGCGCCGGCGCCGGCUGACGACGCCUCCAGCAGGAGGUGCAAGAAGAAGUCCAAGAAGCAGACGCAGCUCGGCUGCUCCGCCUCCAUCUGCAAGCUCCGGGACGCCAGCCCCCGCCGGGUCACGCUGCACCGCCCGCCCGCCGAGGAGGACCCGCCCUCCGGCGCCGCAGCAGGAGCAGGCGAGCCGUGCAAGCGCCGGGCGUCGGUGAGCGGGGGCGGCGAGCGGCGCGUGAAGAAGCCCCUGCAGCAGCAGCAGCAGCAGCAGGGGCAGGGGAACGAGGCGGCAGGGGCGGGCGCCGUGGUGGUGGGCUCGUCGUCCAGGCACUGGGGUUCGUCCACGGCGUCCUCGUCCUCCUCGACGGCGGGCGGCGGCGGCGGGUCGUCGUUCAGGCUGCGCAGGCUGUCCGGGUGCUACGAGUGCCACAUGGUGGUUGACCCCGCCGGCGGCGGCUCCUCCAUGCGCGCCGCCAUCUUCCCCUGCCCCGACUGCGGCGACGUCUUCGUCCGCGCCGAGAGCCUCCACCUCCACCAGUCCACCCGCCACGCAGUGUCGGAGCUGGGGCCGGAGGACACGAGCCGGAACAUCAUCGAGAUCAUCUUCCAGUCGAGCUGGCUCAAGAAGCAGACCCCGGUGUGCGCCGUGGACCGCAUCCUCAAGGUGCACAACGCGCCGGCCACCCUCGCCCGCUUCGAGGCCUACCGCGACGCCGUCAAGGCCAGGGCGCGCGGGGGACGGCCGGGCGCGGGGCGAUGCACCGCCGACGGCAACGAGCUGCUCCGCUUCCACUGCGCCGCGCUCGCAUGCUCCCUGGGCGCCGGCGGCGCCACCCAUCUCUGCGACGCGGCCGGCUCGUCCUGUGCGGCGUGUGGGAUUGUUCGGGAUGGGUUCAAGUUCAGGGCGCCCGGGGUCCGGACCAUGGCCACCAGCGGCCGCGCGCACGAUGAUGCGGUGGGUGGGGAGGAGGGGGAGGGUGGUGGUGAGCGGCGCAGGGCCAUGCUCGUUUGCCGGGUCAUCGCCGGCCGGGUGAAGCGCCGCUGCGAGGGCACGGCGGACAAGGAGGAGGCGGAAGCGUCGCCGUCGGCAGAGGAGGAAGCGGAGGAGGAGUACGACUCGGUUGCGGGGACGGCGGGGGUGUACUCGAGCCUGGACGAGCUGGAGGUGUUCAACCCCACCGCCAUUCUACCCUGCUUCGUCGUCGUCUACAAGGCUUGA